CUCCCCCUCCCCCGCCGCGCUCUCGGUAUCCCGCGGCCGCCGGCGUCCCCGACGCCCGCCAAUGUCGAGAACCACAUCCGGCGGUCGCGGGCAUCGUGGCGCCAAUACGUGGCCGAGCAGCACUACCGGAGGGUUUGGUUUGUGACGAUGGCUUUUGCCCCUGACCCGGGCUAUCAGGCCCUCAGCAAAGGCUUGGACAUUAUACAACAGCCAUCUGAAGCCGAAGCCGGGCAUCAGGAGUCUUUGGAGAAACGUAUUGCUGAAGAAUGGAUGCCUUCUUCACGGAACAUGACAUAUAUGCUUGCGCAGUUCAAGCAGAAGGUUUCUAUGCUUGAUAACUCUGGGAAGCCAGUCCUUGCAUCAACUGACAGUUCAAACCCCUGGUGCGCCCUGCUAGAAGAAGUGGUCAGUAAAGCUUACGGAACACUUGGUAAGCCUGAGAUUUGUCCUGCUUCAACAGAUGCUCACUAUUUCCAGCUACAAGGCUUGCCAGCAAUUGGAUUCUCUCCUAUGGCCAACACUCAUUUUCUGCUCCAUGACCAUAACGAGGUCGUGGCUGUUGGAAGAUUCCAAAAUGGUGGUGCAUUCAACGUUAUUCCAGAUUCUGCUGAACAAAGGGUUGAAGAGGUUGAACAUGUCGUAAGGGAAGAGAAGUUGAGGGAAGCAUAUGAGCUUAUCGAGAUAUAUUGCGAACUUAUUGCAGCACGAUUGCCAAUGUUUGAGUCGCAGAAGAACUGCCUAAUUGAUCUGGAGGAAGCAGUAUCAAGUGUAAUUUUUGCGAGGGGACCUACUAAUGUCCAAGUUCCUCCUAAUAGUAGCAUGGCCAAUAAAGCUCAUGUGGAAGCUCCCCUGAUUGCAAGAUCAUCACCUCGCUUGGAGGAUUCUGCUUCUACAAAUGUUUCUGCCAACAAAGCAACCACAUCUACCACAUUUCAUCCAGAAACGAUAUCCUCAGGAAGUGAUCGAAUGGAAAUGCAUGGGGAUGAUAAUUCUUCGGGCAGGCAGAACUGGAAUAUGCAAUUUAAGGCUAGUUUAGAUCCUUGGAGUUUUGAGCAAAAGAGAGAUGAGGUACCAUUCAAGUCCGUUUCACCAUUACGUUCUUCAUCAGUGCAGCACUCCCUCCCCAUCUUUUCUGAAGGUUUGACAGGUUCUACAGUCCCUUCGGAACCAAAUGACUUCGUGCCUGUUACUUUUGAUGCUUCAGAUGGCCCAAGUUCAGACAGUGAGGAGGAGUUGGACACGUCUAUGCUUGUCCUGAGCAAAGAUUCUAAAUUUUCUCAUGAGAAGACUGUUCAAUCCAUAAAUUCGGGAAAGAGCCAGAGUGCAAGCCACAGGUCAUUAGCAUCUUCAUCCUCUGAUGAGGUACAUCCUGAGAGAACCCCGGGAAUUGAAUAUAGUGUUUUCUCAGAUAAAAGGUUUGAUGAUGAUGAAUUGCCCGGCAGUGAACCAUCUCCGAGGCUGAAAAAAUCUGGAUUAGAUACAAGUGCCAAGGAUGAUUUAUCUCAAACAGAGAAAGACAGUGAGGAAUGUAGUUGUGUAAGUGAUACUGACAAUGAGUUGUUGGCCUUUGGGGUCUUGAAAGGUGGCCUUCGGAACAAGGGUUAUAGGCAUCCACCAUAUAAUCGGAAUCCAUCAGGCAAUGCUUUUUUGGGCAAACAAAUUACUCAAGAUACUCCAACAGUCAGGACUUCCGAUGUUUCUCAUACGUCUAUUGAAGAGCCAUAUAGCCGGAAAGGGAGCACUAAGCUAAAUAAGGAACAAAGCACUAAAACCCCAGUCACACAUGUCACUCCUGAUGAUGAUUCGUCAGAGGAUGAACUCUCACAUGAAACUCUAAGCAGUAGUCGCCAAGACCUGUACAAUCAGAAAUUGGUCAAUCGAGUAGUACAUGAUGAUUCUUCAGAGGAUGAACUCUCACAUGAAACUCUUAGCAAUAGUCGCCGAGACCCGUCCCAUCAUAAAUCGGUAUCCCAAGGAAAGACGAGCUCAACGUCUGCAUUUUUCUUUAAUUCAGAGGAUAGUGAGGCUGAGGAAGAUGUUCCUAGAAAGAUUUCCACCACCAUUGCUCGUCCAAGUUCAAAAUUUUCUAGAAGGACACAACCCUCUUCUACAAAUUCUGUUAGAAGUUCUAGCAUAGGGACAACAGUUGUUCCUGAUGCACCACGGACUUCAGACUAUGGAAAAUCCUCUUCAAGAAGUUCCAAUGACGCUGAAACUCUACCAGAGCCCUCAAGAAGUCAGGAUUGGCAGAGACCUAUAGAACAAACAAGUUCUUAUUCAAUUCCAGAAUCCAAGAAGACUGGGACAUCAGUCAAUGGAAAUUCCUCCUCAAGAAGUUCUUAUGCCACUGAAACUCUACCAAGUGCCUCAUCCCAGACCAAGCGCUCAGAACGUUUGCCAAGUCAGGAGUGGCGUAGACCAGUAGAACAAGCAGCACCUAAACCAAUACCAGAAUCUAAGAGGUCCUCGCGUGUGGAGACUUCAAACUCAUUUGCAAGGGAGGAAUCAUCCAAUACUCCAAUGACUGUAAGAUCAGAGAGAACUGAAGCUACUGAAACUUCAAAGUCCUCGGGUUCAAAGUCAUUUGGAAGAGAACAAUCAUCUAAUCCUCCAAAGAUUGAAAUAUCAGAAAGCAGCGAAAGUUCAAAGUACUCAGGUUUUAAGUCAUUUGCAAGAGACCAGUCGUCCAAUCUUCCUGCAAUGGUUGUAAGAUCACAGAGAACUGACCCUUCAAAUUUCUCUCCUCCAAAGUCAUUUACAAGGGACCAAACUUCCAAUCCUCCUCCAAAGAUUGUAAGAUCGGAGAGCGCUGAAACUCCGAAGUCCUCUUCUUCAGUGGGGAAGGCUUCUCAUGUCCACCCGAAGCUUCCCGACUCUGAUGACUUGUCUGUCAAGUUUACAGCCCUCAAGCAGAAUCGACAAUAG